CAGUUUGACGCAUGCGUUUUAAACGUUUAAAUAUUGGUUGUUCUAGGGAUAUUUAUUUAUCAGGUUUAAUUUGCUUAGAAAAUAAUUAAAAAAAAAUAACAUUAUUGGAAUAAAUUAAUUUCAUAUAUUACAAGCAUUUCGAUGAUUAUUUGAGAACAGAAAUUUUUAAAAUAAUUAAUUGGAUAAUAGUUGUUCAUCUAUAACAAGAGCUUUGACUCCAAAUCUUUUUAUCUGCAUACAUAUAUAUAGUAAUGUCGCGGCUAACUGCGGCGACAUGGCAGUGAGUCGAGUGUUAUAACGAGUUUGUUUUGCUUGAUGGUUUGAUGUGAUUCUAUGAAACAUAAAAUGAAUCUCAAGUGUCGUAAAUAAAUAUGAGUGAACGAAAAUUCACCCGGGCUUUGGGAAAGCCCGGCAUGGCUGCUCAACUUAGGGAAACUGUAUCUCAAGUAGUUCGAGAGAGUACAGUCCAGAAUAAACCUCAUCUGGUAGAGCCGAUAGAUUUUGAAAGUUUUGUUUUAAAAAAUAAAACUUUACUACAAAAUGAUCCACAGAGAGAAUUAUUGCUUUAUCCAUCAGACGAUGUUUCCCAAAUUGUUUUACCUAGAAGAUAUAGAACAGUACAGCCAAUUGUGCAAAAUAUUCUUGAAGAAACCGAUGGUACAGAGAGUCUUUUAACGAAAGAAUGUCUUAAAAGUUAUGCAUCAAAUUGGAAUUUAGUUCAUUACAAGUAUGCUGCCUAUAGCGGUACAUACCUUGAUUUACCAAAAUUAUCCAAAAGUGAUGAUCUUAAGGAAGAAAUUUAUGAAAUAGAUACAGAAGUUGAUCAAGUAGAUGAAGAGAUGAUAAAAAAUGAUGGAAUUACAAAAGAAGGGUAUUUAAUGAAAGGACCGGAAAUAGGAAGUAGUGAUCGUAUGUUUGUCAAUAUUGGAUCAAAAUCGUUUAAAAGACGUUUUUGUCAUUUAAGACAAGAGGUUGAUGGAACUUAUAUUCUCGAACUCUUCAAAGAUGAAAAGAAAGGGGAAGCAAAAUUAACUAUUGUUAUGGAUUUUUGUACUGAAGUGGUAAGAAAUCCUAAACGUGGUAGAUAUUGUUUUGAAUUGAGAAUGAGUGGAACUCAUAAAUUUUAUACAUUUGCUGCUGAUAACGAAACUGAUAUGCAGGAAUGGUUAUUGAAGUUAAGUUCUGUUUUACAAUAUUAUAAACAACAAGAAGAAAAGCGUGCUGCUUCUUUAGAGCGUACUUGCAAUACUCCACCACCUUCACCGACACCAAUGCCAAUUUACGGAACUUUGAAAGGUUUAGAACAAAGCAUGAAUCCACAAUUAAUUAAAUAUUCUCGUGAGACUGAUACAAGUAUACUAUUAGCUAGAAGAGAAAAUAGAAAACGCUUAUUUAGCUUAUAUCAUCAUAUUCCACUUAGUAAAUAUCAGACAGGAAGCUCUGAUGAUUCUAAUGUUGAUCCUUACAAAGAACAGUUUGGACAGAGAAUAUUUAUUAAAUGUGAAGCUCUUAAAUUUAGAUUGCAAGCACCAAUUGAUGAAAAUGAAUCUCUUUGUCAAGUAGAACCUUACCAUACAACUUUGUGUUUAUUUGACGCUAGAAAUGGAAGAAAGUUAUCUGAAAAUUUUCAUUUUGAUGUUAAUCAUGAGAUUGUUCGUGAUAUGGUACAGGAGUUAAGUCCCAAUGGUGUUUUAACUGAAAAAAAUGAACAAAGUGAGCUACCUAAUGAAUUAAAAAAUAUUCCUGAAAAAUGGAUUCAGUAUCCAAAACAAGCAAUAUUCAGUAUUAGUAACCCACAUCCUGAUGUGUUUCUUGUUGUAAGAAUUGAAAAAAUACUUCAAGGAAGUAUUUGUCAGACAUCUGAACCGUAUAUUAGAGCAACAAAAGAUCCUCGUUUAGGUCUUAAAGUACACAAAAACGUUCGAGCUUGUUGUCAACGAUUAGGCAAUUAUAGAAUGCCUUUUGCAUGGGCAGCCAGACCUUUAUUUCGACUCUACAGUAAUGAACUUGAUACAUCUUCUGAUUUUCCGGCAAUUUAUAGACAAGAAGGGAAUAAAAUGCGUGAUGAUGAGAUUUUAAAAAUGCUUGCUGAAUACAGAAAGCCAGAUAAACUUAGUAAAUUAACUGUGAUACCAGGAUGGUUGAAGUUAACGAUCGAACCAUUGUCAGAUAUUCCGGAAAAUACUUUAACAACUUCCUUGGCUCCUUUAAAACCAUUUCCAUUACCGCCUACAAAUAAACCAACAAUAGAAGUGGCAGAAUUUGAAAGUUCUUGUGAAAAGGAUGUGCAUCCUUAUACUACUUAUUUAAAUCAUUUAUAUAUUUAUCCUCAAGUAUUAAAUUUCGAUACGCAAAAAAUUUUUAACCGAGCACGAAAUAUUGCGUGCAUUGUUGAAUUACGCGAUAAUGAUACUGAGGAUGCUAAACCAUUAAAAUGCAUUUAUGGUCGACCGGGUUCGCAAAUACUUUGUACACGAGCCAGUUGUGCUGUUCUACAUCAUAGUGCAGUUCCGUCAUGGUAUGAAGAGAUAAAGAUGAGAUUACCAACUAAAUUGCAUGCGAAGCAUCAUCUCUUAUUUUCAUUUUAUCACAUUAGUUGUGAUAUGAACAAAAAAAAAGAAAACGGAGUCGAGAGUUGUGUUGGAUAUGCAUGGUUACCAUUGAUAUAUAAAGGAAGAUUAGCAGUUGACAUAGAAGCUAAUAUUCAAGUUUUGCCAGUGGCAACACAUUUACCAGCUGGUUAUUUGGCGAUUCAACCAUUAGGACUUGGAAAGGGCAAUGCAGGGCCUGAUAUUACUUGGAUUGAUGGCCAACGUCCUAUAUUUACAGUCUCUUUUCAAUUAAUAUCAACGGUUUUCACUCGAGAUCCUCAUCUUCAUAAUCUAUUUGUUCAUGCUGAAAAAAUAUUGGACAAUAAAUUAUCUGGAAUUCCAUCAGAUUCAGAAACUUGUAAAAUACUAAAAGCAGCACAUGCUAUACAAUUAGUUACAGCCAUUACAUUCCUACCAACAAUUUUAAAUCAAUUAUUUAUUUUACUUACUUGUACGUCCAUUGAAGAAGUUGGCCUUUAUAUUAUUCGUGUACUGAUUCACGUAAUUAAUUUGAUAUUCAAAGCUAGUAGAAAAGAUAUAAUCCAAGCUUACGUUAAAUAUGUUUUCAUGUUGCCUUCAAAAGAAAUUGUUACUACUACUGUUCAUGAACAACUUGCUAAAUAUUUACCAUCUUUAUUGCAUCCAAAUAAUACAGACUUUCUGGUUGUGAAUAAAUUUAUGCAUCACUCAAGUUUUUUCUUUGACAUCAUGGUAAAGAGUAUGGCUCAACACAUGCUAACUAGUGGAAGAAUUAAGAUGCAUCGAAAUGAAAGAUUUUCACAGGAUUAUCAUGAAGCUAUUAAAAAACUUUUAGAAGUUGUUACACCGUACAUUAUGAAUAAAUAUAAGGAUAUGCCAGUUGAAACACAAGAGCUUAAUAAAAGUCUUGCACAAUUUUUAAAGAAAUGUUUGACGUUUAUGGAUAGAGGAUUCGUUUUUACUCUAAUUAAUGAUUAUAUGGAUAAUUUUUCACCUGGUGAUUCGAAGACACUUCAAGACUAUAAAUUUACCUUUCUACAAAUAAUUUGUUCUCAUGAACAUUAUGUGUCUUUUAAUCUACCUAUGAUGCAGACAAGAGUUACAACAAAAGAAUUGAUGUUAGAAUACUGUUUAUCACAAGAAUUCUGCAAGCAUCAUUUUCUCGUGGGUCUUUUACUUCAAGAAGUAAAAUCAUCUCUGAAUGAGAUUGUCCAAAUCAGAAAAAUUGCAAUCGCUACGUUACGCGAUCUGUUAGCAAAACAUGAAUUAGAUGAUCGAUAUCAAAAUAAAGGACAAUUGAGUCGUAUUGCUGCAGUUUAUAUUCCAUGGUUGGGAGUGGUUCUGGAAAAUUUACAUAGACUCCAAUCUGUUUAUGAGACUGAAAUGAAGACUGAAUUGAGACAAAAUCAUACUAAUAAAAUAUCAAGUAGUAGUAGUAAUUGUUUAUUAAAUAAAGAUUCAGUAAAUUCAAUUACAGCGACAGAUACACCCAAAUCUGUUCAUAGAUUUACUCUACACUUAGAUUCACAAUCUCCAAUAAGAGCUUCAAUGCAUCUUAGAGAUUCCACUUAUUUUGCUGCAAUUGCUGGUCAAGGUUUAGCGAAUGGCUUUUCUUGUGCUAGCAUUGAAUCUAACGCAUCGACGAUAUCAAGCACUUCGCAUUCACAUAUUUCUCAGGAAACAACCAUUAUUCGAGAACCGAUUGAGAAUGGUACCUCUGAAAAGAAAGGACACUCUAGAUCUGUUAGCGUAACUCAAACAUCAGCUAGAUGUGAUAAACUCCAAUCAUCAGAAAUGAAAGAUCUGUUACUGUGUUUUCUUUUUGUUAUAAAAUAUUUAGGCGAUCACCAAGUUAUUGCCUGGUGGCAUCAAUGCUCAGAAACUGAAAUAAUAAGUUUUUUUACCGUUCUCGAAAUGAGUUUACAUCAUUUUAAAUAUAUCGGAAAACGGUUAAUAGCAGCCGUUAAUGUCACCAAUAAUGCCGGUAAACCCAAAACUGUUAAGGCCAUGACAUUGCCAGCAAGAAUGGCACCACCGGAUUUCACCAACGAUAGUUCAGGUACUGGAACUCUUCAACCACAUAAUACUGUAACUCGUGAAAAUUUAGUUGAAGAAGAAAAUCACGUACAUCACCAAGUGUUACUAGAAGCAAACAUGGCUACUGAAGUUGGACUUAUUACGCUUGACUGUGUUGGAUUAUUCUGCAUACAUUUUAAGGAUGUGCUUUUAGUUAAUGAUGGUGAUAAUCCUGUCAUGCAGAAAUUAUUCAAUAUAUAUUUAUCUUUCUUACAACUUGGUCAGUCUGAGACAUUAUUUCGACAUGUUUUUGCUAGUUUACGAGCAUUUCUUAAUAAUUAUUCGAUAGCAUUAUUUCAAGGUAACGCGGUAUUUUGUGGCCGCCUUUGUUAUGAGUUAUUACGAUGCUGUAAUAGUAAAUUAAGCUCAAUUAGACAAGAGUCAUGUGCAUUGCUCUAUCUACUUAUGAGAAGCAACUUUGAAUUCACCAGUAGAAAAGGACUAAUCCGUGUGCAUUUGCAGGUGAUAAUAUCAGUUUCACAAAUGCUUGGAAAUGUGAUAGGACUCAAUAACUCACGAUUUCAAGAAUCACUAUCACUUAUUAACAGUUAUGCUUCGUCAGACAAAGUAAUGAAAGGAACUGGUUUUCCUGUAGAAGUUAAAGAUUUAAAUAAAAGAAUUCGUACUGUAUUAAUGGCCACUGCACAAAUGCGAGAACAUAAUAAUGAUCCGGAAAUGCUCGUUGAUCUUCAACAUAGUUUAGCUAAUUCAUAUGCAAGCACGCCAGAGUUAAGGCAUACAUGGCUCGAAACAAUGGCACGCAAUCAUGCUAGAGAUGGAAAUUUUUCAGAGGCGGCUUGUUGUCAAUUACAUAUUGCUGCUCUUAUGGCAGAAUAUCUAAAAUUAAAAAAGAUCCAUUCAUGGGGUGCAGAAGCAUUUGAUAAAAUAUCUGUCAAUAUUUCUCGAGAUGAAAGAGGACUCAAGCUUGAUGCUGGUGAGAUUUGGGUACAAGAUAUUCAUUAUAAUGAGUCCAUACUUUUGGAGCAAUUAGAAAGUUGUACAGAAAUGCUAGAGAAGGCUGAACGCUUUGAAUUACUCGGACAUCUGUAUCGUUUGAUAAUUCCUAUUUAUGAAAAUAAAAGGAAUUAUGAAGCAUUAUCUAACUGUUAUUCUCAUCUGACACAAGCAUGUAAUAAAAUUGUCGAAGUCACAAAAACUGGAAAAAGAUUACUUGGACGAUUUUAUAGAGUCGCAUUCUUCGGAUCAGCUUAUUUUGAGGAAGAAAAUGGACAAGAAUAUAUUUAUAAAGAGCCUAAAGUAACUUCUUUAUCAGAAAUUUCAGAGCGGCUUCAUCGUUUAUAUGCUGAAAAAUUUGGAAUAGAAAACGUUAAAAUGAUUAUGGAUUCAGCACCGAUUGAAUUAAAAGACCUUGAUACAAAAAUAGCAUACAUUCAAGUUACCCACGUAACACCUUAUUUUGAAAAGGUCGAGCUUGAGUCUCGAGUUACUGAAUUUGAACAAAAUCAUGAUGUAUCAUGUUUCAUGUUUGAAACUCCAUUUACUCAUGAAGGAAAACCUCGAGGAAAUCCUGAAGAUCAGUGGAAAAGAAGAACAAUUAUUACUACACAAUAUGCAUUUCCAUACAUUAAGAAACGCAUUCCAGUUAUUGGAAAAAAGAUCGUUGAACUUAGUCCGAUAGAAGUUGCAUUAGAUGAAAUGAGACAGCGAGUUCAAGAGUUAGAAGAUGUUGCUUUAAUAGCACCUACUGAUGCUAAAAAAUUACAAUUAAAACUUCAAGGAAGUAUUUGUGUGACAGUAAAUGCUGGACCUUUAGCUUAUGCAUCGGCGUUUCUAGAUCCUGCACUUUCACCUCAAUAUUCUGACGAUAAAGUUGAAGAAUUGAAAGAUGUUUUCAGAGAUUUCAUUAAAAUAUGUUAUACGGCACUUCAAAUUAAUGGUAAAUUGAUCACAAAUGAUCAGCUAGAAUAUCAAGAAGUUCUUCGAGAAAAUUAUCAAAAGUUAUGCCAAAAUUUAUCUUCAUUACUCGGUGAAUCAAUUUGGCCUGAUGAUGAAAUUGGAAGUUUUAAAAGAAAUAGUGCGGCUCUAUUCAGUGCGAUUAGUGGAGCUAAUAAUCAUACAAGUAUUGCUUAAAACCAUGACAUUAGGGUGCUGAUUGCUGUUUAAAUGAUAUUUUUUUUUUAUCCAGUGAUAUGCACUAUAAUUAUCAAUGAAACAGGUAACAUUAAUCCAUUUUCUACAAACUUUUUAUAUAAUAUUUUAUAAUUUUUACAAGAAAAUAAUACCAAAUUAGUAAGUAUUUAACGUAAUGUCGGCCAGUAAAAAAUUAGUUUUCGAAACUUCUCAAUUAUAACGGAGGAUUUUUUAACUUUUUCAUGGGCAUCAGAACUUCAAUACACUUACACAUGUUUAGAGGUGAGUUUUACAAUUGUAAUAAUAUAAAGUCUGAUUUGAAACAAUAGUUAAGUCAAUAUAAAAAGAUAAUAGAAUAAUGUGAAAUUAAUGCUUAACAAAUAGGAAUUUUUGAAAAAAAAAAAGAUUUUUAUUAUAUUUUAUUUUGAAAUUUUUUAUUAAAUUAUUCUUUAUCAAGAUCUGUAUACUAUAAUCGAAUCUAUAUGCGUUUAUACGCACAUUAACUGGAAAUUAAUUGAUUGAAAUUCUCAUAGAUGUAAAUUAUUAUAUAAAUGACAACAAAUAUUAUAAAUAUAAUUGUGAAAAAAGAAUAUUUCAAUGUAAUUUGCGAUUGGAUUGUUACAUAUAGUUGAGUGUCACAUUUUUAAUAAGUGUAUGUGUACUGUAGGUAUUGUUGAGCGAUAACUACUCUUUAAUAUAGCUUUACAUUAAAUAAUUUAAAUUAAAAACAAAAAAGGGAGGAAAAUUUAUAUUGUUCGGAUGUUAUAUCUAAUUUGUAAAAAUAUAUAAGUUGAUUUAUAAAUAUGUGAUAUAUUUUAACAGGGUACAAUUAUCUUAAAAUUGCACUCUGAUUGUAUUUGUUUUCGAAACAUGUAUAUAUUUUUGGCGAACAUUUCGUUUUAAUUGUUUUUAAAUACUACA